AUGAAGUGUUAUUUCCUACUUUGGCUUCUUUGGGACUUGGUUUCUGCCCUCAAGAAAUAUAAGAUUAACUCAGAAGUUGCCCUCAAACCAGCUCCUAAAGAGAAACUUACAGAUCCAUGCAUUAUCUGCAUGAACGAUAUCAUUGAAGGAGUUCAGCUUGAUUGUGGAGAUGUAUUUUGUUAUGAUUGUGCCAAGAAAUGGCUUUCAAUCAACCCAACAUGUCCGAUCUGCAGAGCUCACGUCAAAACAGAGAUGAAGAUGGAAUUCUGCGACGGAUUCAUUCCAUUAUCUGUUUUGUUCUGCGCUUUCUAA